AUCCAACAGGCCGCUCUACAGGUAUGCUGCAGUUCACUUGUAUUUGCACCAGCCAUGAGCGUAGCGAAGAGGAAGUUUACUUCUCACGACUGCAAGACCUUGGUGUCGGCAUCGAGCGACACGACGGUCAAGCUGUGGGACGCUAACACGGGCGCGGUGCAGCAAACGCUCGAGGGCCAUUUAAAGGCGGUCAUGAUGGUGGCCUUCUCGCCGGACAGCAAGGUGCUAGCGUCGGCAUCGCACGACAAGACAGUCAAGCUGUGGGAUGCUAACACAAGUGCAGAGCUGCAGGCCCUUGAAGACUAUUUGAAGGCGCUCAUUAUGGUGGACUUCUCUCCAGACGGUAAGGUGCUGGCGUCGGCAUCGCUCGACACGACGAUCACGCCCACGGAUGAUAUGGUACAAACUUUCCAAAGUAGCGCUGAUCCUCGCGUCAUUUUGUUCUCCAAUGACGGAACAUUUCUCGAGACUCAACAAGGGAUUAUGCGUGUUCCCUCUUUCUUUCCUAGUGAAGCAACUUACACUCCAAAUCUUAUAAGCGAAAUAUCGCUCAGGGAGGAGGGGCUUACCUAG